AUGUCGUUCAACACAGCAGCACCGCCAGAGACCAUGGAGUACCGGUCACACCCUCAGCAUGACUCAACCGCAAACAACAGCGCCGAGGUCGACGAGAACGAGAAGCCAGUCUUCUUUUUCGACAUUGACAACUGCCUCUACCCCAAGAGUCUUGAUAUUCACCGGAUGAUGGCUGAGCUGAUCGAUCAAUUCUUCCAGAACCACCUCAGCCUGUCUCAAGAAGACGCCAAUGAACUCCACUACCGCUAUUACCGCGAAUAUGGUCUUGCGAUCGAAGGGCUCGUCCGACACCACAAAGUCAAUGCGCUGGAGUACAACAGCAAAGUAGAUGACGCGUUACCACUGGAAGAUGUCAUCAAGCCCAACCCCGAACUGCGCAAGCUGAUCGAGGACAUCGACACAAGCAAGUGCCGCUUAUGGCUCUUCACUAAUGCGUACAUCACCCAUGGCAAGCGCGUCGUCAAGCUUCUGCAGAUUGACGAUCUGUUCGAGGGUAUCACUUUCUGCGACUAUGGCUCGGACAAGUUCUACUGCAAACCGCACGUGGAGAUGUACGACAAGGCGAUGGCGGAGGCUGGCAUCAAGUCGAACGAGAAGUGCUACUUCGUUGAUGACUCUUACAUCAACUGCAAGGCAGCAGAGGGACGGGGAUGGAAGACGGCGCAUCUGCUUGACGAGAAAGAUCCUGCACCUGCUCAGCCGGCCAGCAAGUACCAAAUCAGGAGCUUGCAGGAGCUACGGAAGAUCUUCCCAGAGGUGUUCAAAAGUUCGUGA